GGUAAAUACGGCACCAGCUUAGGUUAAAAUCAAACAGAAAUAUAGUCUGAGUCGAUAUGGAAAGUUAGUUACCGGGCAAGAGUGGCUAGAUAUCAAUCCUUCAUGAUUAUUUGAAAGACGAAUGGUAAGCCAUCAAGAGUUGCCUAAACAAGAAGAACGUACGCAGAAGAGAAAUUCAAUUCACAAAAUUAAACAUCAUCUGAAGGACUUCCUUAGGAAACAUUAAUUAUCGACAAUUAGAAAAUCAAUUAGAAAAAAGUUCAGCUUCGAAGAACUUUAAUUGGUUAUUAAAGUUCAAUUGAUAUGUCAGAAGAAGACUUGUAACUUGUGAAAUCUGAGAUGUUUUGAAUGUCAAAACAGAGGGGCAUCAACAAAGUGUAUAGCCUGAGACAACCCGUGUCAAAUAUACACCAUUUAUAAUACAUACACAGCCAAUUUAUCGUACGAGUUUAUCUUCCAGAGGAACCUUGUGAACUUCAAGUUGAGACGUCCAGGGGACUUAUCUAAAAUAAAGAAAUCUGAGACUUUUCAAGCACGAAACGCAACAGGACUUAACUACUAUUUUACUAAGAGUAUGGUGUAUACUAAUGGUAUAAGCCCUGACAGUCCCGACAACUCUACAACAGAUAUGCUGGCUGCCCAGUCCAAGCUCCUUUUCCAGUUGAACAAGUAUUACAAUGAGAGGGUGCACGCCCGUAAAUCUGCCACUUCCAAACAGGUUCGAGAGGUGUGCAAGGUGGUUCAAGAUGUCCUAAAAGAAGUUGAGGUCCAAGAACCAAGAUUCAUAAGCUCACUAACAGAAGCUAACAAUCGCUACGAAGGCCUCGAGGUUAUUUCACCAACAGAAUUUGAAGUCGUAUUAUAUCUUAACCAGAUGGGCGUAUUUAAUUUCGUGGAUGAUGGUGCAGUUCCCGGAUGUGCAGUUCUGAAACUUUCCGACGGUCGCAAACGCUCUAUGUCACUAUGGGUAGAGUUCAUCACCGCUUCCGGUUAUCUCUCCGCUAGGAAAAUAAGGUCGCGGUUUCAGACUCUCGUAGCCCAAGCGGUUGAUAAAUGUAGCUAUAGGGACAUGGUUAAAAUGGUUGCAGAUACUACCGAGGUUAAAAUACGAAUUAGAGAACGUUAUGUUGUUAAUAUAACUACCGCGUUCAGGUGCGGAGGGAUAUGGCCCCGGAGUGGAGCACACUGGCCAAUCCCCCAUGUCCCUUGGCCAAACCCAAAUUUGGUUGCAGAGGUGAAAACGGAAGGGUUUGAUUUACUCUCCAAGGAGAGCACGUACAUGAAGGACAAACAGUCAGCUGCAGAGGGGGAUUCCUGGGUGAUAUCCUUCCUCGCGGCAGAAAAUAUGCUUCUGCAAGGGGGAUGCAGACGAAAGUGUCUCAGCAUUUUGAAAACGCUGAGGGACCGACAUCUAGAUGUCGCCAGUCAACCAAUCACAAACUACGUCAUGAAAACACUGUUGCUCUAUGAAUGCGAGAAACACCCACGGGAGGUAGAAUGGGACGAAAUGUGCAUGGGGGACAGGAUAAAUGGAAUUCUCCUUCAAUUGAUAUCUUGUUUACAGAACAGACGUUGCCCACAUUACUUUCUACCUAAUCUAGACCUUUUCAAAGGCAAAUCUAACAGUUCGAUGGACAGUGCUUCUAAACAGGCGUGGAGAAUCCUACGCGAACUUUUAACAAACUCUAGAAGUUUGGAAAAGUUAUAAUCUAAACUAUAAACACUGUCUAAAUUCCAAAAGUGACCAAACUGAUUUUUUUAUAAUGGCUUAUAAGUUAUACUGGGAUCGUUAAGAUUCAGGUAAGAGACCAUUUCCAUGUUAUAAGUAUACAUGUAUUAGUAUUAUCAUAAUUUCAAGGUUUCAUUAUGCUGUACUGUUCAACUUCAUCGUUAUAAAAUAAUUCCGAAUACUUUUAAUUGUUUCUUUUCUGAAAAGUCGUAUCAUUGCAAUUUAGAAAAGAACAUCACAAUUUGCAUCAUGGCAAUGAUCAGAUAUUUAUUGCUUCUUGACAGUUAUCACAAACAACAUGUGUAUCACAAACAUUGUAAAUCACAAUGUGAAUCACAACCAUCAUUUGUUAAAUAUUGUGGUCGUGUGUUUGUGAUAUUUAUCACAAACCAGAAUGAAUGUCAGAAACACUCAGCUUUGCAUCAAUGACGUUUUACAUUAAUAUAUUGCACAUAUAAAAGUAUUUCAUGUUGAUCUGUGGAGUAAAAAUAUAAGUGGAGUAUUUAAGGAAUAAAUAAU